GCUUUACAUACUCAUUUAAAACAGUGCAGAGGGAGCGAAGGUUUUUCUAGCUCUAUCUCAUCUACGGAACACCGGCUACGCAGCGGGGGCUCAGUGGAACAAAAGUCUUACCAACUUCAACAUGGAUGAGCUGCAAGAUGUCCAGCUUACUGAGAUAAAGCCGCUAUUGACAGAUAAGGGUUCUGGUCAAAGCUUUGAAGACUUUGAUGGCCAGGAGCACAACAUUGAAACUGCUUAUGGAGUUUUACAUGUCACCAUGCGUGGAACGCCAAAAGGAAAUAGGCCAGUUAUUCUCACAUUCCAUGACAUUGGCCUGAACCACAAAUCCUGCUUUAAUACAUUCUUUAACUUUGAAGACAUGCAUGAAAUUACCCAGCAUUUUGCAGUUUGUCAUGUGGAUGCCCCUGGGCAACAGGAAGGAGCACCAUCAUUUCCAGUUGGGUACCAGUACCCAACAAUGGAUGAACUUGCUGAAAUGUUAUCUGCAGUUUUAACGCACUUAAACCUCCAAAGCGUUAUUGGCAUUGGAGUCGGAGCUGGAGCCUAUGUAUUAUCAAAAUUUGCUCUUAAUUGUCCCAACUUGGUUGAGGGUCUUGUACUGAUAAACGUUGAUCCAUGUGCAAAGGGAUGGAUUGAUUGGGCAGCUUCCAAGCUUUCUGGAUGGACUACCAACGUAGUGGAUACUGUACUGGCUCAUCUUUUUGGUUAUGAAGAACUUCAAUCUAAUCUGGAUUUGAUCCAAACAUACAGGCUACAUAUUGCCCAAGACAUCAAUCAAGAUAAUCUACAGUUAUUUGUAAACUCGUACAACAGUCGCAAAGAUUUAGAAAUUGAAAGACCAGUAUUUGGUACCCGUGACCCAGUAGCAACGCUUAAAUGCCCAGCGUUGUUAGUGGUUGGCGACAGCUCUCCUGCAGUGGAUACAGUGGUUGAAUGCAACUCAAGACUAGACCCAACUAAGACAACGCUGCUUAAGAUGGCAGAUUGUGGGGGAUUACCUCAAGCAGUCCAGCCUGGAAAGUUGGCAGAGGCCUUCAAAUAUUUUGUCCAAGGAAUGGGAUAUAUCCCUUAUAUUCAACUCAGCCAUCUAAGUGGUGAAUCAGUGCCAGCUGCCAGUAUGACCAGACUUAUGCGCUCUCGCACACAUUCCGCCUCAAGCAGUGGUUCAACAGAGGUAGUUCGAAGCCGCUCUCAUACCAGCAAUGCCCAGCUUGAAACUGCAUCUAGCAACUCCAUGACAUGUGAGGCUCGGGAAGCCCCUCAGACAUUGGAAUUAUCUUGCUAAGCCGUUUCCAGAUUGUUUAUUAUAUAUUGGACCCAUCCUUUCAUUAAACAAAACCUCACUUUGGAAAUAACAUUAUACCUUUAUGUGACAUAGGUCCAUAGUUCUUUUGUGCAUGUUUGUUGUAUAUUUAUCAGUCAGUCAGUUGUUGUUUUUUUCCCGCAGUAAUUUAUAUCAUUCCUUGCUUCCAAUAAUAUGAUUUUUGUUUAUCUAGUUAAAUAGUUUCUGUAGGAGUUUAAUUUUUUAAUGUGCAUUUAUACAGCAUUUUUUCUGUAUUCUUUACUUAUUUUUGUCAAAAAUCAACUUUAAUGUUCAUAGCUAAUGACCAACUAGUUACUUAGUGGUUUGAUUUAUUUCAAAUGAAUUAACGUUUUAAUCAUUCUGAAAAGCAAAAAUACUUUUAAAGCACUACAAUUCUGAUGACAAUAAGUUGGAAGUCAAGCAUAUUUCUGUAAAAAAAAAAAAAGUGGCCCUUUAAUCUAUUUGCUGUUUUCUAUAACAUCCAUACUAGAAUUUAUACUACCAGUGCUAAAUAGAAAAAAGCAUAUCUGAGCCAUUACAAUGUCAUUAAGACAUUUUUAGAUUAAAUUUAGGUUAUCUGCCACUUUAUGUGCAAAACUAUAUUCAUAUUAAAGGGACACUGAACCCAAAUUUUUUCUUUUGUGAUUCAGAUAGAGCAUGCAUUUUAAGCAACUUUCUAAUUUACUCCUAUUAUCAAUUUUUCUUUGUUCUCUUGGUAUCUUUAUUUGAAAAAAAGGCAUCUAAGUUUUUUUUUUUUGGUUCAAAACUCUGGACAGCACUUUUUUUAUUGGUGGAUGAAUUUAUCCACCAAUCAGCAAGAACAACCCAGGUUGUUCACUAAAAAUGGGCCGGCAGCUAAACUUACAUUCUUGCAUUUCAAAUAAAGAUACCAAGAGAAUGAAAAAAUGAUGAUAGGAGUACAUUAGAAAAUUGCUUAAAAUGUCAUGCUCUAUCUGAAUCACAAAAGAAAAAUGUGGAUUCAGUGUCCCUUUUAAGUACUUAAAUUUAUGUAAGUGAGGGUUAAAGGGAUAUGAAACCCAUUUUUUUUUUCUUGAUUCAGAUAGAGCAUGCAAUUUUAAGGAACAUUCUAAAUUACUCAUUAUCAAUUUUUCUUUGUUCUUUUGGUAUCUUUAUUUGAAAAGCAGGAUUGUAAGCUUAGGAGACGGACAGUUUUUGGUAAAGCACCUGGGUAUCGCUUGCUGAUUAGUGGCUAAAUGUGCCCAGCAAGCGCUACCAAGGGUGCUGAACCAAAAAUGGGCCAGCCUAAGCUUACAAUCCUGCUUUUCAAAUAAAGAUACCAAAACAACAAAGAAAAAUUGAUAAUAGGAGUAAAAUAGAAAGUUCCUUAAAAUUCCAUGCUCUAUCUAAAUCAUGGAAGAAAAAAAUUAGGUUUCCAAGAUUUUUUUUUUCCAGUCAAGCAUAUGUUUAAUCAAAUAAAAAAAAAUGCAUAUAUUAUCUGAGCUACUCCUCUAAUUGCAGUAUUUGUAAAACUAUAAAAAAACAUAUUUAUAACUGUAAAAUGUAGUAUUAAUUUAAAGAAAUGCUAUACUCAAACAUUUAAAGUUGCUUAAAAAAAUUAUGUAAAACCUAUUUAAAUGUGAAUUUAUAUACCUGUAUCAGUUGUGCACCCCCUUAUAAUGUUGAUUGCCUUAUAGAUACUUUCUGUGAAUGCUCAAUGAUUAUUAGCAGUAAGUAUCUAUCAGUCAGUGAUCAUUAGCAGUAGUAACUAUCAGCCAAUGAACAUUAGCAGUAAUAUAUAUCACCCAGUGAUCAUUAGCAGUAGUAUCUAUCAGCCAAUGAACAUUAGCAGUAGUAUCUAUCAGCCAAUGAACAUUAGCAGUAGUAUCUAUUAGCCAAUGAACAUUAGCAGUAGUAACUAUCAGCCAAUGAACAUUAGCAGUAAUAUCUAUCAGCCAAUAAACAUUAGGUGUAGUAGCAGACAAUGAACAUUAGCAGUAAUAUCUAUCAUCCAGUUAUCAUUAGCAGUAGUAUCUAUCAGCCAAUGAACAUUAGCAGUAGUAUCUAUCAGCAAAUGAACAUUAGCAGUAGUAACAGCCAAUGAACAUUAGCAGUAUCUAUCAGCCAAUGAACAUUAGCAGUAGUAUCUAUCAGCAAAUGAACAUCAGCAGUAGUAACAGCCAAUGAACAUUAGCAGUAGUAUCUAUCAUCCAAUGAACAUUAGCAGUAGUAACAGCCAAUGAACAUUAGCAGUAGUAUCUAUCAUCCAAUGAACAUCAGCAGUAGUAACAGCCAAUGAACAUUAGCAGUAGUAUCUAUCAUCCAAUGAACAUCAGCAGUAGUAACAGCCAAUGAACAUUAGCAGUAGUAACAGCCAGUGAUCAUUAGCAGUAGUAUCUAUCAUCCAAUGAACAUCAGCAGUAGUAACAGCCAAUGAACAUUAGCAGUAGUAUCUAUCAGCCAAUGAACAUUAGCAGUAGUAUCUAUCAGCCAAUGAACAUUAGUGGGAAGUGUGUAACUGAUACUGCAGUAUUAGUUUAAAUUUAAAUGACCUUACAAUUGUUUCAGGCAACUAAAAAAAGAAAAUUCAACAUGUUCAGGUGCUGCUACUUCACAUGAAUGACAGAAGUAUUCUGUACAGUGUCCCUUUAAGAUCACAUACAUAUGAUAAAAUGGAAGAGAUGUUGUCCAAACAUGAAUGUUUUAUGGGACUCUUAGCAGAUCUAUAAAUUGAAAUAUUGAAUGUUUUCUUUUACAGUAUUGUCUACCUUACUAGAAAGUGGCACAAUAUUGUCGAAAUUUCUAAUUUCUCAUGAAUAUAGUUUACUGCUACAAGGACCCAAAACUACAUGGUUGAUUCAUGAUAUCUGCUAUAUUGUUACAAAUGUAAGGGACAUUUGCAUGUAUACAUGAAUGCAACUCAUGCUUAUUAAACCAAAAAAAAAAAUUAACCUAUGCUGAAAUGCUGUUCGUACUGUACUUUUUUCUUUUCUUACGCAAAACAAUGGUUGUCAUAGUUGUUUACAUCUACUAUAUGCAAUCCUUUUUAAAAUGGGUGAUUGAUGUUCAUUUGGUGUUUUCGUUCCUUAAUAAUGUCCAAUUAACCACCUAAAGGGAAUGUAUUCUUUACUUCCACCUUUCCAUAAAUAAACAAGGAAACUGUUUAUAGUAUAGAGCUUGUUUCUUGUAGUUAAGCGUUUUCUGAAAACCGAACUGUUUAUACAAACUAUUUUCUGCUUAUAAAUAGCAAUUGUUUGUUAAAGGGAUUGCACUGUCAGUCUUAUUGACUUUCUACUUCUGAAUAAAGUUGUGAAGUUCAUUUUCA